AGGCAAAGGGGAGCCAUGGAGGUCUCUCUUCUCCGUCGGUUGCUUCGGCUGGAGGGGGACUUUGGCCUUCGCCCCUAUGCGGGAAAGACAUUCCCAAAGUCCUUUGAGGAGGUAGCCGUGUUCUUCACGGAGGAGGAAUGGGCUCUCCUGGAUCCAGGCCAAAGAAAACUCUACUGGGAAGUGAUGGAAGAAAAUUACGAGACCUUGGCCUCCCUUGGUCUUCUUUUGCUGCUUCCUCUAGAGUAUGAUUCCCACGUACAUCAUGCUCAAGAAGACCUCUUAACAGAUAUGAGGGACAUGAUGACUGAAAAGGAACCUGAAAAGGUGAUUGUGGAAAGAGAUCUAGAUCUGCAGGUAGAAGCGAAAUCGCAGGUUCAAGGAGUACGCAAGGAGUGGAGAAGCAAAAGGAAAGCAAAACAGAAGUUGAGGAAGGAAUUGGUUGCCCAUCAGAGCAAGAAGAUGCCUAAAGUCCCAGCCCGAGAGGAAACACAGAAGAGAAAGAGAAGGCAUAAGGGCCCAGUGAUUGUGAAAGGGUUCAGCUGCAAACUCAGAGUUCAAAAAUAUCAGAACAUUACAACAUGCUGGAAAACAUAUAAAUGCUUGGAGUGUGGAAAAACCUUCUUUCAGAAUAGCAAGCUGACUGAACAUCAAAGGAUGCACACAGGGGAGAAGCCAUAUAAAUGCUUGGAAUGUGGAAAGAGCUUCUCUACGAAUAGCAACCUAACCACGCAUCAAAAGCUUCACACAGGGGAGAAACCAUAUAAAUGCUCUGUGUGUGGGAAGAGCUUUUCUCGGAAUGACCACCUAACUAGCCAUCAAAAGGUUCACACUGGGGAGAAGCCAUACAAGUGCUUGGAGUGUGGGAAGAGCUUCUCUAGGAAUCACAGCCUAGCGGUCCAUCAAAAGGUACACACAGGGGAGAAAGCUUAUAAAUGCUUGAAGUGUGGGAAGAGCUUCUUUCAGAAUGGCAACCUAAUUAGACAUCAAAAGGUUCACACAGGGGAGAAUUAUAAAUGCUUGGAGUGUGGGAAGAGCUUUUCUCAGAAUGGCAACCUAACUACCCAUCAAAAGGUUCACAUGCAAGAGAAGCCAUUUAAAUGCUUGGAAUGUGGGAAGAGAUUCUCUCGGAAUGACCACCUAACUAGCCAUCAAAAGGUUCACACUGGGGAGAAGCCUUAUAAAUGCUUGGAAUGUGGAAUGAGCUUUGCACAGAAUAGCACCUUAACUGACCAUCAAAGGGUCCAUACAGGGGAAAAGCCAUAUAGGUGCUUGGAGUGUGGUGAAAGCUUUUCUAGGAAUGGCAGCCUAACUAUCCAUCAAAUGGCUCACAGAGGGGAGAAGCCUUAUAAAUGCUUGAAGUGCGGGAAGAGUUUCUUUCAGAAUAGCAACCUAACUAGACAUCAAAAGGCUCACACCGGGGAGGAGACCUAUAAAUGCUUAGAAUGUGGGAAAAGCUUCUCUCGGAAAGACCACCUAACUAGCCAUCAAAGGGUUCACACUGGUGAGAAGCCACAUAAAUGUUUGGUAUGUGGAAUGAGCUUUGCACAGAAUAGUGUUCUAACUAAUCAUCAAAGCGUUCACACAGGGGAGAAGCCAUAUAAGUGCUUAGAGUGUGGGAAGAGCUUUUCUAGGAAUGGCAGCCUAACUCUCCAUCAAAAGGUUCACACAGGGGAGAAGCCUUAUAAAUGCUUGAUGUGUGGAAAGAGCUUCCUUCAGAAGUGCAACCUAACUAGACAUCAAAGGGUUCACACAGGAGAGAAGCCAUAUAAAUGCUUAGAAUGUGGAAAGAGCUUUAGUGAGAGAAGGAGCCUUGCCUUACACCACAAGAUUCACACUGGAGAAUAGCCAUCCAAUCAAAUUUAGCAUGUGGGAAACCAGUUAAAGUAGCUGACCUUGCCUGCUUGUGGCCAUGAUGAGGUUUUUGUUAGCUGCCCUUACAAGGAACAUCUUUCUGCCUAUCUCCUCCUUCUCCUCCAUCCCACCUCUUUUUGUUAGCAUCAAAUAUAUGUACGUUGCACUCCUGCUGAACAAAAUGUACGUCUUUUGUUCUGUGUUGUAUUAAAUUCUCUCAUGUUAAUUGAGCAUUCA